UUACUGUGCGUCUGGAGUACGUGAUUGGUCUUCGCCGCGUAGAAGGGUUCGGUUAUUCAGCCGCAGACAGUCGACGUGGAUACUAGCAGCAGCAGCAGGAUGUUCCCUCGAGAUGUGUACACCUUCUUCGACGAGGACGAACAGACGUGGCGUGGACGGAAUGUCCCACCGCUGUGCAAUCCGAACCAAGGGGUUGGUCAACUGGUAUGGCGUUUGCUAGAUCGGGCUCCGUGGAAGAUCGCCCAGAUCAGUGCCGAGACUAACCGUCGGGUAACCUACCACGAGAUGCGCUUGAGGUCAAUCCGGGUGGCGCAGAAUUUGUCCGCGAUUGUGGGCAUCGAGAAAGGGGACAUGGUAACCAUUGUGGCUCGCAAUAAUGAAAACGUGGCUCCUAUCGUGUUCGGAUGUUUCAUGUUGGGGACUCCGAUGAAUACGCUAGAUCCGGGGUUUCACCGAGAGGACUUCGCCCACAUGUUCGAAAGCAUCAAACCGAAGUUGGUGAUUUGCGAAGGCGAUCUGGUGGAUGAAAUGGUUGGAGCAUUCGAGAUGGUGGGCAUCGAGCCGGAGCUAAUCGUGUUUGGACCGAGGAUCAACGGGUAUGGAAAAGUUGAUGACCUGUUGGUUGAAACUGGCACGGAGAAAUACUUCCUGCCUGUCAACAUUGACGACCCGGCUAACGAGUUGGCGAUCGUGCUUUGUUCAUCGGGUACUACCGGUAGAUCCAAGGGUGUUUGCCUUUCGCAUAGUCUGUGCGUGGCAAAUAUGACGGGUAUUUGGACAUGCUACGAGUCAGACCGUGUACUCUGCUUGAGUUCCCUAUAUUGGAUAUCUGGGAUUGGGACGCUCAUGACGGCGACGGCCGCUGGUGCAACUCGAAUCAUCACUACGGUACCAUUCAGUGCGGGAAUGAUGAUCAGUCUUAUCGAACAGUUCAGGGUGAGCGUAAUCUUCUUUCCUCCGUCGCACGCGUUGGCAAUUUUGAACGAACCAACCAUCGGAAUGGCGGACUUCUCCAGCAUGCGUAUGGUUCUAUGCGGCGGAGGACCGGUGUCCGCGGACCUAAAACGGUCCUUUGAAAUGUAUUUGCCGAAGGGUCGAUUGCAUGUCGUAUAUGGGUUGUCAGAAUUGGGUGGAGCGGGUUGUAUGAGCGAAAUAGCUUACAAGAACGGAUCGGUUGGGAUACUUUCCAAUGGAGUAGUGGCCAAGAUCGUAGACGAAGAAGGCAACGCACUUCCGUUCAACGAAGAAGGAGAAUUGUUCGUUAAGUCGCAGUUUAUUUUCAUGGAAUAUUACGGAAAUCCGGAGGCAACUGAGGAAAUGAAGUCAGAAGAUGGUUGGUUGCAAACUGGAGACAUUGCCCGGGUAGAUGAGGAUGGAUUGUUCUAUAUCGUGGACCGCAAGAAGGACAUUAUCAAGUACGCAGGCUACCAGAUUUCGCCGACGGAGAUCGAAAUGGUAAUUAUGAAGAUUCCCGGAGUGGUGGCAGUUUGUGUCACGGGAAUUCCAGUGCCAGGGAACGAUCUGCCGGUUGCGUUGGUGGUGAAGGCACUGGACUCCGAGGUGACAGAGGAGAAGAUCAUUGAGACGGUGGCGGAGAAUAUGGUGGAUUUCAAACAUCUUAGGGGUGGCGUUUAUUUUGUGAAUGCUUUUCCGAUGACACCUUCUGGCAAGAUUUUGCGGCGUACGUGUCGAGAUAUUGCAGUUGAGUUGUAUAAUGAGACUCACAAUUGAAUGUGUUUUUUAUGAUACAUCAGCUGGUUCUUGUCACCUAUGAAAUGAUAUACAUAUAGCAGUAGCAAAAUCUACUUAUUUAUUUAUUUAUUAUGCUCAUCUAGCAAGUCUACAUGAAUGGUUUAGGUAAUAAAACUUCUAUUAAUUCAG